AUGGAGGCUUUUCUUACGACAUUGCCGCCUUAUGUGCAUGUCUUUCUUGACAAGCAUUCGCCAACAGAGACGUUCAAUAUUCUUCGCGAGCUUAUUUGUUUCGCUGUUCUCUAUUCAAACGACCGUCAACAUAUCUUGAGCCUAUCCAAAGAAUUAAUUGACAAAGGAGCCGACUCUGUCAAGGAGAGCGAAACAACCCCAACGUCCACUGCAGACCAAACUCUGAGCUCGAAACAAGACUUGCCAUUACCACCACCCAAGGUAAAUCCAUUUGAUGAACAAAUCGUGCCUGACCACACACCAAUUCAAGAACCUGUGCGCAAAAAGACGCUUCCCUGGACGUUUCCCGAGUGGUGGGGUCAUCAAGAGAGCGAUCAUGUUCCAGUACGAAACGGAGCCACAAAGAAAGAAAUA